AUGUUGGUAGACUUGAUAAAGAAGAGUUCGCAAGAAGCUAGAGAAAGGGAAGAAAUAUUUCGCAAAUCAUUAAAGGAAGAUUUGCAAGAAACUAGAGAAGAGGGAAGAAUAUCCCGAGAAUUAUUAGAGAAAAGUCUCAGAGAAUCAUUAGAGAAGAGUUCACAAGAAACAAGAGAAUCACUAAAGGAAGAUUUACAAGAGAUCAAAACAUCACAAAUGAAGAUGGAAUAUAAUUUGAAGAAGGAAAUGCAGGAGUUACAAGAACGACUGAAGAUGGACAUCGACGAAAGAGAGAGGAAGCUACAGAAGAGCAUAGACCAAGUCCAGGGAGACGUGGAAAAGGUGGAAGGAAAGUUAACAAGAAAGAUAGAAGACGAUAUUGAAGAAACGAAAGCCAAAUUGGGAGAAAGAAUCAACGAAGUGGAAACAAAUUGCAAUCAUCGAAUCGCAGAGGUGACGCAGAUGCAGAAACAAUGCAACGAUGCUGUUAAGGGGAUAGGAGAUAGGCAAAACCAACUGGCUAUCAAUCUGAGAAAUGCUAUAGCCUUGCAACGAGAAGAGGAUAACAAGAGAGUGCAGCAAUUGGAGAGCAAGACAGAAGUAAUUGAUAAACGAAUUAGCAAUGCCACCUUAGCCAUUGGGGGAGGGAUAGAUUGGUUGAAUGAAGUUGAUGCAAUAGUGAGUUUUGAUGAAGGUACUAUCAAGGUCAAAGGAAGAAAGGGAGAAGAGAAGAGGUUAAAGUUUGCUGAGGGGAAUGCAAUCGAAGAAGAGGAAGAAUUCAGAAGAGUAAAUUUGUGUCAUGAAGAGGAAUCCACCAUGGGAUACGAGGAAGAGGAACUAGGAGAAGAAGUGUUGAUAUACCUUGAGGGACUAGCACGAGAGGAUAGACAUAAAGAGGAUAAGAUCAGUAAAAAGUUGGAGGAGAUGACACACCUAGAUGAGAGGACUAAGAAGCAGUUAGCCACACCCGCUGCUCGCUACCCGCGUGACCGCCGCUGGAGCUGGCAAAGACGCCGCGAGUCGUCCAAUGCUGGGUCGCCGGGUCGCUGCUUGACGAGGCCCAUGAUGUUCACCGAGGACUGCAACCGCCGCUCCGACUCCCUGUCGCUCGGCCGUUCCCGCAACCCCCACCUUGUCAUGUAG